UCAUGCUGUCCAGUUAAUUCCUAAGUCCAUUGAUGGAAGCUGGUGUAGAUAACAAUGAGUCUGGUGCUUCAUGAACUGCUGCUGUGCUGUCGCGGAUUAGAGAAUGACAAGGCCACGGAGAGGAAGAAAGAGGUUGAUAGACUUAGAAGGCUCAUUCGAUCAAGGGAGACUGUGGAGGAACUCGAUCGAACUUCUGGAGUCAAAGCCUCCAAAGGCUCCAAACAGCUCACCUGGGAUGCAGUUUUCAGAUUCCUUCAAAAGUACCUCCAGAAGGAAACCGAGCUCUUGCAGUCUGGAAAAGCCAAUGUUUCUGCCAUCACUCAAGCUAACCGACAGAAGAAGAUGCAAGAGAUCAGCAGUCUGAUCAAAGACUUUAUCAGACGUGCCAAUAAACGAGGACCAAAAUUGAAGUGUGCUGAGCUCCUGUCCCAUGUUGUGGAGGUGCUUAAAGGCUCCUUCACCUGCUCUGCGUAUGGAGAAGACUACAGCAGUAUCCUGCUGAAGGACGUACUGUCUGUUCGCAAGUACUGGUGUGAGAUCACCCAGACUCAAUGGCACAGUCUGUUGAAUACGUACUGCGGGCUCUUUAAUGAAGCCUCUAAAUCCAUUAACCGGGUUCUGGUGAGCAGGAUCAUCCACGUCGUAAUUCAAGGAUGUUGCCUCCAGACCGAGGGGUUAUCGCACACUCUCUUCACUUUCUUCUCCAACGCUCUCAGCAAAGCCAGAACGGAGAAGCAGCUGACGGUGCUGGAGCACCUCCUCUCCGCUCUGAACGUGUUUCUGCGCUCGGCUGCCACGAACAGACGCCAGAGGGCGUGUCAUCUUGGGGAGGAGGUGCUGCCCUCCAUCCUGUGUGUGUGGAGCCAGAAACGCCCCAGCCCCACUUUGAAAGAAGAGAUGGUGGAGUUCUUCAGGCUUCAAGUCUGCAUCCAUCACCCUAAAGGAGCUAAAACCCCAGAGACGGGUGCCCAUGCUGAGGACUGGACCAAAUGGCAGGGUCAGCUGUUUAACCUGUACGAGGCCCUGGUGGACGAGAUCAGUCAGUUAGGCAGUCGAGGGAAAUACGCCACGGGCUGCCGACACAUCGCCGUCAAAGACAACCUCAUCGACCUUACCGCUGACCUCUGCCAUCAGUUGUUUAGCCUGGACAUGCGCCCUCUGGAGGCCGCUCCGGGUCACUACAGGGGGACGCAGCUGGACAGUCCUCAGGGCAGUAAGCGUAGACGGGUGGAGCUUGGCUGGGAGGUCCUGCGAGACCAUCUGCAGCCUCAUCUCAGCGACUUCGACAUGAUACCAUGGUUGCAGGUGACGGCCACACUGACGUGCAGGUAUCCCUCCAUCCUGCCUGGCUCUGAGCUGAUCCCCCUGUUGGCUCUACUGUGUCAGCUGCUGGGGGAACAGCAGCGCCGGGGGGAGAGGGGACCCUACGUGCUGCGUUGCCUGAAGGAGGUCGCCCGGUGCCAGGCCGAGGGUUCAGGCUACACCCAGGAGCAGCUGACGGAGUUAGGCCGGCUGUGGAGCAGGGUCUGGGUCCUGGCGGUUCGCGGCGUCAGCUCCGCCCAAACGGAGACGCUCAGUUUGGAGUUACUACACGCCAUGGUGCAGGGCAACCUCGUGCAUGUGGACAGAGAGUUCUGGAAACUUUUCUCUGGCUCUGUGUGUAAACCUUCCCUUGUGUCUGCCCUUAGUUUAGCCCAGGCCCUAUCGAAAUUCCCCGUACCCAAAACUCUCUUUCCCCGUGGGCACCCCUCCACGGAGCUGACUGAGAACAGAACGCCGCCCUCUCUCAGGGAGGCUGUGAUUGGCUGGCUGCUCUCCACUGAACAGAAUGAGGAAGGAGAGGAGAACUCCAGGCCUCAUUUCAUUACCCGCAGGGACUUCCCCCAAAAUCUAAUUCCCAGAAUUCUUGUGACUUUGACACUGAAAGAUAGCAGAGCUGGCAUGGAGUUUCUGAUGGAUGCAUAUAAUCCAGAGAGCCUCUCCCCUCAAACUCAGCAGGCUUUCACAGACAGUAAGACUUCUCUGGGUGAGAUUGAGCAGCUCUACCUGCAGUUCAGUUUUGAUGAGCUGGGCACCUGCUCUACAGAAAGACCAAACACAUGUUCUCUGAGACCAGAGGAGUCUCCACAGCUCACAGUCAUCCAGAGCCUGAGGAACAUUCUGGAACAGAGCUUACUGAGUGUGGCUGACCAGCUGCUCAACUGUUACUCCCCUGAGAGUCAGCUGACUCCCCCUCAGUGUCUGGUCCGCUGUGUGCGCCUCCUCACGGGGGUUCUAGGAGCUUACGUGUGUGUCGGACUCCUCACCGAGGACGAAGCUGCUCAUUGUCCUCUGUUCCAAAAAGCCAAGAAACUGGCUCAAGAUUUUGGUGAAUAUGUGUCCACCGCCAAGAACAAACUGACAGAGGACGAGGGGCUUUGCACUCUCAAGUCUGUGAUGCUGCUCUGUGCAGAGAGCAUUAGCCGAACAGACAAGCAGGACAAAGUGUCCACAGCUGCUGGCAAUUUAUUCAUGAAGGCUUUACCAGCGAGGCUGCCAACCGACCUGGCAGAAAUAUGUAAAAUAAUGCUGACUAACUCCAGUAGAAGAGACAAUGUCAUCCCAGACGAUGAUCAGAUGGAGGAAGACCUGGAGGUGACGAGGACGCAGGUGGCCAAUCAGGGUGAAGUCGACCUGUUUGACGACGGUGACGUCCCUCGUUGCAGCACUAACGGGACGCAGCAGAGUAACACGGAUACGGGAGACACCCAGUGUGGCUCAGGGGCCAAGAGUGUGUUGUCAGAGGAGCUGCUGGGGAAACAGGACCAGGCUUUCCUGGCAGCUCUGGAGUUCCUGUGUCUGUGCGCCUCCUCUCAGCUCCUCCAUGGGCUCUCCUUCAAAACCACAGACAUCCGCCGCAAACUGCUCAAACUGCUGGACCAGGUGGAAUUCGCUAAACCUCUACACCUUCAUACGUACCUGGUUCUAUUGAAAAACCUCCCAGCGGAGGGUGCAGUGCUGGGGUCAGAGGAGUUUGACUGCCUUCUCAGGCCUCUUGCGGAUUUAUGCUCUAUGUAUCGGCAAGACCAGGAGGUGUGUGCCGCCGUCCUGAUGAACCUGCUGCCGUCUGUCCGGUGCCUGGGCCACGCCCGGGGCCACUCUGAGGGCGGGGACAAUGAUGAUAUGGGCCACGUACGCGGGGCUUUACUCAAAGUCGUCUCAGGGUUCCGCUUCCUGGCCAAUACUGGAAAAUGCAUUUCCUCUGUGAAGAGAGCUCUAGGCCACUGUCUACAGGCUUUCCUGGAGGCGGACCCACGCUGUGAGUGGGCGGUGCUUACAGAGCAAGAGGAGGAGCUUCCAGUGAGUGUGGUCCUCCCUUCCCUCCUGGCCGAUUCACAUCAUCACGUACGCAUGCUGGCGGCCCUGGCGGUGGACAGGCUGUUUUUGGACAAGUCAGCGAACGGAGCCGAGAAGAAGAUGCUGCCCCUUAAACAGCAACAGACGGCGUUUGAGAAUGUUUACCUGAAAGCACAGGAGGGCAUGACCGUCCCGAAGAAUAUGGCCAAUGAGGACUUACCCGAUGAGACGUUCAACCGAAGGGCUACGCUACUGAAGAGUGUUUCCAUGGUGAUGUGUUGUAGCCCAGUGUGUGAGAAGCAAGCUCUUUUUGCCCUCUUUCAGUCCUAUAAGGAGAACUCCAUUGAGGAGAAACUAAUCAAGAAGGUGCUGUGCAGUGUGUCUCGUUCUCUGGGCUAUCACAGCUCAGAGAGUUUAAUCAGCUCUCGCCUGUAUUACCUGGUGGCUGAGUGGUUGGGACAGAGACAGACUGACCCUAGCUACACUUUAGAGUCCUUCCCGUACACACUGCUCAACUAUGCCACACUGGAGGAGUUCUACAGGUCAUCCUAUCAUGUUCUAAUCCCACACCUGGUCUUCCUGAAUGACUUUGAGCAAGUCCGAUCCAUCGGGGCCCAUCUGGGUCGGGACUGGAGGCAGCUGCUUGCCGACUGCUUCCCUAAGAUCAUGGUCAACAUCCUGCCUCACUUUGCCAUGUCGGGCCAGGACAGUCAGGCCGGACGGCAGAGGGAGAAAGCCCACCGGGUGUACGACUUGCUGAAGGACAGCGAAUGUCUCGGCAAACAGCAAAUAGACAAUCUGAUUUGUAAUAAUUUGGCUGACAUUGUUGUGGAGCUGCUAAUGACCCUGUAUGAAGAAGCAGAGCCUGGGACAGAGAGCAGUGGAGAACUGCAGAGGUUCACUGGGGAACUGGACCCAGCCCCUAAUCCUCCGUUCUUCAGCUCGUAUGUGAUCAAAGCCACACUGGACUACCUCAGCAAAUGCCACAGUGCCAGUCAUAAGACACUGGUGGCCAUCCUCUCCAAGACCCCAAUAUCGAUUCAGAAGAUCCUGGUGGCCGUUUGCCAGAGGGCCGCGGAGACCGCUAACUCGUACGAGAGGCACAGGAUUCUGAUGAUGUAUCACUUGUUCGUGGGGUUGUUGCUGUGCGAGGUGAAAGACGGUCUGGGCGGAGCCUGGGCGUUCGUACUCAGGGAUAUCAUUUACAGCCUCAUCCACCACAUUAACAGCAGGCCUGCACGUCUGGACGAGGUGUCCACUCGCAGCCUCUCCCUGUGCUGUGACCUUUUGACCUCUGUGUGUCGGACAGCCGUGCAGUACUGCGACGAUGCCCUGGAGAGUCACCUGCAGGUCAUAGUGGGCACGCUGACUGCCCAGGUCACCGACCAGUCCCCCAUCUCAAAGCAGGUUCUGGGUCUGUUGAAGUUCCUGGUGAUGGAGAACCCUGAGAACGGGUUCCUGAGGAGAGCCAUCCCUCUGCUGGAACCCUUCCCAGACCAGCCAGCCUUCAGAGAACUGAGAGCAGCACAGCAUGCUCUCAAAUACAGCACCAGGGCCCUCACCCUCAGACAGGAAAUCGAGCACUUCCUGUCUGUGACUUCCUGCGACUCUCUACCCCUGACGAGACUGGAGGGUCUGAAGGAUUUAAAGAAACGGCUCCACGUUCACAAGCAGCAGAUAGGAGAACUGCUCAAAGAGUGCCACGCUGAUCCUGGAAGCAGUGUACUGGUCAGACUGGUUCUAAAUCUCCUACAGCUGUGCAAACUGGCAGUUAAUCAUCCUGGAGGAAAAGACAUUUUAGAGGCUGUUGGGAGCUGUCUGGGAGAGCUGGGGCCUGUGAAUUUGUCGACCAUUGCAUUGCAUCAUGGGAAGGAUGAGGUGUACACAAAAGCCGCGGCUUUGCACUCCGACCCCCCCGUCCAGUGGAUCUACAUCAUCCUCAGCUGCAUGAACAAUGCCCUCACACACCACAAUAUUGCAGUCAGGCAGGCUGCUGCCCAAUGUCUCAGGGACAUCCUGGCCACCCAGUCUGGAGUGGAAUUCUGGGAAAUGUAUAAAGCUGAGAGGGAUCCCAUGCUGGUGUACCUCAGUCCCUUCAGAAGUGUCCGGAAGAAGGAACAGGCAGUGAGAGCUGAGUGCACUGCUGAGUCCAGACGCAGACUUGAACGUUCAGAGGUGUGGAUACCAUUGCCUGGACAGCACAAGGCUUGGCUGAGGAACCUGUGUGUCACACUGCUGGAGAGUGGGGGAGUUCAGCAUGAGGCUCUACUGCUCACCAAACCCCUAUGCCAGGUGAGGACAGGUUUCUGUCAGAGAAUGCUGCCAUUGUUUAUCCAUGCCAUGUUGCUGGGAGACCGGGCUGGAUACUGGAGGGAAGUCCUGUCGACGCACAUCCAGGGCUUCUUCAGUCAUUACUGUAAACCAAACUCUUCCUCCUCCUCCUCUUCCUCCGGUAGACCCACCACCCCCGUGACCGCAGACUCAGGAGAUUCAGAUGUUGCCACUCCAGGCCAUGUGGAUAAGUUUUCUCUGCGCACCAUGCUGGCGGUGGUGGAUUACCUCAGACAACAGCGCAGACCUCUGGAGCCAGGGGGCCAAUCGUUCGGGACCAUCUGCGAUUCUAACUUCUGGUUGGACCUGAACUAUGUGGAGGUGGCUCGGGCUGCCCAGCUUUGCUCCGCCCACUUCACCGCCCUCCUGUACACCGAGAUCUACGUGGACAAGAUCAGAUCCAACAGGGAGGAGGGUCGCAGAACCCAGUCCAAAGUGUCGAGAAGGAUCACGUUUGAUGAGAGCAGUCAGAGUUUGUCCAUAGGCAGUAUGACUGAGAAGAGCAUGGAAGACACGGGGAUCAGUCUCCAGGACCUUCUGAUUGAGGUGUACAGCAGCAUUGGGGAACCAGACAGUCUGUAUGGAUGUGGAGGUGGAAAGAUGGUCAGUCCACUCACCAGGAUUCGGACGUACGAGCACGAGGCCCUGUGGGGGAAGGCUUUGACCUCUUAUGACCUUUAUUCGAAUCUCCCAGAGGUCACCCGGCAGGUCGGCAUAGUGGAGGCCUUGCAGAACUUUGGUUUGAGCAGUGUUUUGAGUGUCUACCUGCAGGGUCUGCAGAGUGAGGGGGUGGAGUGGAGUCCCGAGCUCAGAGAGCUGCGUUUCCAGGCAGCCUGGAGGAACACCCAGUGGCACUGUGACCUGCCAGAGAGGACGGAGAAGCUGAGUCCAGGCUUUAAUGAGUCUGUGUUCAUUGCCCUCCAGGCUCUGAAGGAUAAAGAGUUCUCCACGUUUGACCAAACCCUGAAAUAUGCCAGGGUCGCUGAGGUGGAGGAGUUGUGUCGUGGCAGUCUCGAGGCAGUGUCUUCCCUCUACCCUGCUCUCUGUAAUCUACAGAGGAUCAGUGAACUGGAGAGUGUCAGAGAACUCUUCUCCAGGCCUGUGACGGACUCCAGCCUGGCGGAGGUAUUCACACAGUGGCAGCAGCACUCCGGGCUGCUGGAGGACAGUGAUUUCAGUUUGGUCGAACCCGCCCUGGCCCUACGCACUGCACUGCUUGACACUUUACUCACCUGCCAAACACACACACCCCCUGACAGCAAGAACAACCUGGGCUCCAAUCUCUCCACACACCUGAUAGAACUCUGCAGGCUCGCACGCUCUGCCAGGAACACACAGCUGGCUGAGAGGGCUGUUUUCCAGCUGAAGCAGCACAGUGCGGCCAGUGAGGGCUCCGUGACCUCGUUGGCAUGGCAACUGGAGGAAGCCCAGGUGUUUUGGGUGAAGAAAGAGCAGGAAUUGGCUCUGGAACUCCUCAGACACGUGACUGACAACCUGGAGGCUUCGGUUGACUUAAACCCUGCUGCGGUUCCCGUGUACACUGAGUGUCUGAGAUUGUGUGGAAGCUGGUUGGCUGAGACCUGUCUGGAGAGUCCUGCGGUUAUACUGGAAAAGUAUCUAGAGAGGGCAGUGGAAGUGAUAGAGGACCACAGCGACAGUAAGGACGCUAGGCUUCAGAGCCAGCGGACCCAGGCCUUCCUGUCGCUGGCCCGGUUCUCCGACGCCCAGUACCAGAGUAUCGAGAACUACAUGAAGUCCUCCGAGUUUGAGAACAAGCAGGCGCUGCUGGAGAAAGCCAAAGAGGAGGUGGAGCUGAUGAAAGAACGCAGAGUCAGCAGUAACAGGUACACGGUGAAAGUCCAGAGGGAGCUGGAACUGGACGUCAAGGCUCUGGCGAACUUGCAGUCCGACCGCCGGCGGUUCCUGCUGAAGGCGGUGGAGAACUACAUCACCUGCCUGGAGCUGGGGGAGGAACACGACACCUGGGUGUUCAGACUGGCGUCUCUGUGGCUGGAGAACGCCGACGUCAAAGACGUCAACGACAAGAUGAGGAAAGGUGUGAAGAGAAUCCCAUCCCACAAAUUUCUGCCUCUGAUGUACCAGCUUGCAGCCCGCAUGGGCACCAAAGUCUCAGUGUCAGAAGACGUGGGGUUUCACGAUGUUCUCUACGAGCUGAUCUAUCGCUCAUCGCUAGACCACCCUCACCAUACCCUCUUCAUUAUCCUGGCCUUGGUCAACGCCAACAAGGACGAAAACUUCUCCCGAAGUCGCCUGUCCAAGGCCGCCGCACGCCAGCCGUCACCGCUCGACCUGGAACGAGCUGAAGUGGCGCGGAAGAUCAUCAACGUGGUCAGGAAGCAGAAAGCCCAAAUGAUCCGAGGCCUGGAAACCCUGUGUGAGGCCUACAUCACUCUGGCGUACAUGGACGCAAGCCGAUACAAAACCGAGAAAAAGGCCAUACCUAUUCCAGCAGACCAGCCCAUUAUGAAAAUUAAAGAUCUAGAUGAUGUUAUCAUCCCUACCAUGGAGAUCAAGGUGGAUCCCUCAGGUCAAUACGAAAAUCUGGUGACCCUCCGGUCGUUUGAGCCUCAUUUUCGUUUGGCUGGAGGCGUGAACCUGCCCAAGAUCAUCGACUGCGUGGGCUCGGAUGGAAAGAGCAGGCGACAGCUAGUGAAGGGGCAGGAUGACCUGCGACAGGACGCUGUCAUGCAGCAGGUGUUCCAGAUGUGCUCCAUGCUCCUGCAGAGAAACGCCGAGACGCGCAGGAGAAAACUCAACAUCCGUCGCUACAAGGUGGUACCAUUCUCUCAGCGUAGCGGAGUUCUGGAGUGGUGUACCGGUACCGUACCCAUUGGAGAGUUCCUGGUGGACCCCCAGAAAGGAGCCCACAAGCGUUACCGCCCGCAAGACUGGACCAACCUUGCCUGUCGCAGGAAAAUGAUGGAAUCUCAGGCUCAUGGAUUUGACGGAAAGUACCAGGCGUUUAUGGAGGUGUGUCAGAACUUCCGACCGGUGUUCCGCUAUUUCUGUAUGGAGCGUUUUCUGGACCCUGCGGUGUGGCUGGAGAAACGGUUAGCCUACACUCGAAGCGUGGCCACUUCGUCCAUAGUGGGUUACAUUGUAGGCCUGGGCGACAGACACAUCCAGAACAUUCUGAUUGACGAACAGACGGCAGAACUCGUGCACAUAGACCUCGGUGUGGCUUUUGAGCAGGGUAAAAUCCUCCCUACUCCGGAGACUGUCCCCUUCAGACUGUCCAGAGACAUAGUGGAUGGGAUGGGGAUCACAGGUGUGGAGGGAGUCUUCAGAAGAUGUUGUGAAAAGACUAUGGAGGUCAUGAGGAGUUCUCAGGAAGCUCUGCUUACCAUUGUGGAGGUGCUGCUGUACGAUCCGUUGUUCGAUUGGACGAUGAAUCCGCUGAAGGCUUUUUACCUGCAACAGCAAGAUGAACAGGCAGAACUGAACGCCACCCUCAACCCCACACCAGGGGGAGAGGAACUGGAGGCUCACCGCAGAUCCAGUGACAGUCAGAGCUUUAAUAAGGUGGCGGAGAGGGUCUUGCUUCGUCUCCAGGAGAAACUGAAGGGGGUGGAGGAGGGAGCUGUACUCAGCGUGGGUGGACAGGUCAACCUCCUCAUCCAGCAAGCCAUGGAUCCUAAAAACCUCAGUCGCCUGUUCCCGGGUUGGCAGGCCUGGGUAUAAAUGCAUACACUCACAUCCACACACACGC